AGCACGUAAGUAUACACUAAGUGGUACGCUCUGGAUCUAUAGCAAGCGACAAGAUCGUCGGCAGACCUUCGUCCAGCCGAUCGUCAGGCGACACUGCCAUUCUCCUUGCACCCCCUACCGACCCCUGUAGCAGUCCCCUGGCCUCCCACACCUCAGUGCCUUACGGACUCGCUUGGGCUCCUCACCCCCUGAGCCCCGAGAAGAACUGGAUGCUAUCUACGCAAACAGUCGCCACCAGCAAGAACUGCAAGCAAGCAGCAAGCUUGACUGUACUCCAGAAGAUGUGGGAAAGACGAGAGCUGGGAAAGUGGGACUUUCGCAUCAAGUGCGGCGAUUGGAUGUGGGGUGUUCACAAAGUUGUUUUGGCCACAAACAGCAAGUACUUUGAGGAGAUCUUCCUGGCUCCACAGCCCGAGGGCACCUACAUCAGCAUGAUCGAGCUCGAGCGCUGCGGCAAAGAUGAUGCUGGUCAUCCCGACCGGUACAACCCCAAGUACAUCGAAGAAGUCAUCCACUUCUUUUACAACUUCGAAGUCACCCAACGCGUCAAAGAAAUGCCCGAAUAUGAGCGCCUCUGCUUUCUCGCCAAGGUCCAUCGCACCGCCACCCAGUUUCGCGCCACAAACGUGGUAAAGGCUAUGACCGAAGUUAUCGGAGACUGCCUGCCAAAGUUCAACAACAGCAACGGCGGCAAACAACAAGUCAGUGGCCCUGCUCUGACAGACUUCGCUGUAGUGUCUCGCUGGAUCUUCGACCAGCCACAGUUCCCUGGCCUUGUCUGGGACCUGCAGCUCUAUCUCAUCGAAUACUUGAAGGAAAAUGUCACUCCCUUGCUUCGAUGCAAAGAGAUGUGCGCCAUGCUGCGUGACUGCAUCUUUGAUGGUCUCAACAAGGAAGACAUGGUUCUCCAGACAGCCUCCGAAUGAUGACUAUACUCACUUGGGCUUUUCACUCGUCCGAUAACCUUGAAGGGAGAUAAGGCCUACUGCCGGGGUGAAUCAAAGGUUCACAAUCACUAAGGUGUGAUGAUAGCAUUACAGUCUACUCUAGUAACUAGUUCUCACAAGAGCAACUUAGUUGCAACAAUUUCAUUUGUUUGGUCCGGA